CACCGCCCCACCAACGACCAUAUCUCGAAAAAUGUCCUCAGAACCACCACCGACGGCGGCUGUAUGCACGCGCUGCAAAGAGAACCCCGGAAUCUACACCCUCCGUCUCGAUCCCCACUGCAGUGACUGUUUCUCCCACUACAUCCGGUCCAAAUGCAUCAAGCGCAUAGAAUCGUACAAGAUCCGAUCUCUCCCCAACGGCUCAAUCCCGGUGUUCCUUCUUCCCCUGUCUCUCGGCGUCUCCUCCACCGCGCUCCUCCAGAUCCUUUCCACCGCACUCACAACGCAACGGCAAAAAGUCAGCCGCGCACGCUACACCCUCAAGAUCGUGCACAUCGACGAGUCGCUCCUCAAUGCGCGCGCGCCGCCGGCGGCAGAUCUCGCCGCGAUACGCGAACGAUUUCCGGAGGCGGGGGAGUACAGUGUUGUGAAGUUGGAGGAAAUAUACUCGUUUGAAGGAGAAGGAUCCGGCGAAGGAUCCGGCGAGGGGGACGGGGAAGACAACGCCGCCCGUCUGCGGCAGACAUUGCAAUCCCUCCCCAGUCCCACCAGCCGAGAAGACCUCGCGCGGGUGUUGCGCACGCGAUUGAUCCAGCGUCUCGCCGCUCAGCACGGGUGCGCCGGGAUACUCUGGGGGAGCUCGACCACUACACUCGCGUCGCAAAUCCUCACCUCCUCCGCCCUGGGCCGCGGGGCGAGCCUGCCGUUUCUCACACAGGACGGAGUACACGAGGGCGUGCUGAGCUACCAUCCGCUGAGGGAUGUGUUCAAGAAGGAAUUGGUAACGUUUGUGAAGGAUGUAGUGCAACCGAGUCUGUGGGGAUUGUGUACGGCGGAAGAGGGGAGGCAAAGGCAUAGUGCGGCCAAUGCGAUCAGUGCCAGGAAUAUCACCGUGGGGGAACUGCUGACGCAGUACUUUGAGACGAUGGAGGUGCAGUAUCCCAGUACGGUUAGUAAUGUGGUCAGGAUGGGGGAUCGGUUGAAGACGGUGGGAGAGGAGAGAAGGUGUUGUACGCUAUGCGGCUUGUCUGUGGAUGGGGGUGGGAAUGGUCUGACAUUAGGGGCGGAGGAGAAUGGGGAUGAAGUGCCUAGGGAGAUGUGCUAUGGAUGCUUGAGGUCGACUCAUGGUGCCACGGUGGAGUUGAGUUGGCCUGUAUUAUAAUAGAUUGAAUCAUGAAGCCAUAGAUUCUGG